AUGACCAUACUCUCACUUUUUCUCAUUAUUCUUCCUCAGCACCUCCCUCCAUUAGAAAUCAUGACACCACCACCAUAUCGUUGUGCUUCAAGUUCCGAAGCUUCCCCUUUUCACCAUUAUCUUUCUACACCCCAACCAUAUGACACCACCACCAUAUCGUUGUGCUUCAAGUUCCGAAGCUUCCCCUUUUCACCAUUAUCUUUCUACACCCCAACCAUAUGGUAUUUCUAUAUCGACAUCAGAGUCUCGAUGAUGCUAUUCAAGGCUAUACGGCAGAUUUCAUGCAGCUUGACUUCUCACCACUCUGAACUGACACCACCACCAUAUCGUUGCGCUUCAAGUUCCGAAGCUUCCCCUUUUCACCAUUAUCUUUCUACACCCCAACCAUAUGACACCACCACCAUAUCGUUGUGCUUCAAGUUCCGAAGCUUCCCCUUUUCACCAUUAUCUUUCUACACCCCAACCAUAUGGUAUUUCUAUAUCGACAUCAGAGUCUCGAUGAUGCUAUUCAAGGCUAUACGGCAGAUUUCAUGCAGUUUGACUUCUCACCACUCUGAACUGGGCUUUUACAGAUCAGUUGGGAUUGCUAGGGCUUCAAUCAAAGAUGUGAACACCCUGGUUCAUGGAAGAACUUUUUGAGUGAGGACACUGAAAUAAGGGACCUAAAAGAUGAAGCCAUAUGAAGAUUCUCAAGCAUCAAGGGCAUGCAUGGCUUGAAACCCAUGUGAACCUAAUAUAACAAAGACUAACCAAGACUAUCUGGUACACAAUGGCCAUGCUCUACUGAAGAUAACAUCAUGUGAAGAGUUCUUGAAAUAGAUCCAUCCUCAAUAACCCUUCAUGAUGAUCUAUCUUCUCCCAGGCCAUAUGUCAUUUCUUUCAUGUAUCGAGGUGCACCAAAGAAUGAGAUAAGUUUAUUUGGAAGAUGAUGAUGUUCCCACAAGGAAAGAUGUCGAUACUUACCUGCUUUUGUUUGUUUCC